AUGGGUACCUCCAGCAUCUUCCUCUGCGGCCUGUUCUUGUGUGGGGCCCUGGGAGGUCUCACCUCCUCUGCUCAAGGACGGCUCCGCUGUUACACCUGCAGCUUCGCCAAGCCCUGCGACCCUGUGCCCACCGAGUGUCAGGACGGUGAAGCCUGUGGCAUCAGUACUGGCAUCUCCGAACAGAGUGAGGUCAUCCAGCGGAAAGGCUGCCUCCCAAAGGCCCAGUGCGCCCUGCCCGGCCAUGUCACCUACUGGUCACACACCUACGCUCUGCGGCACCGCUGCUGUGAGCAGGACCUGUGCAAUGCUGCCGGGCCGCCACCACUCCCCGGCCUCCUUCUCACCACCCUGGUCCUCCUCGCAGCCGGCUUGGCCUGGGGAGGCCACCUUCUCCACUAGCCUCACGUGGACCUGCAGCCCUUCAACCUGGGAGCCCUUCGCCGCCCCAAGCCUGGGAGACGCCUGCACAGACGCUUCUGAGACGCUCAAGAACUCGAUUUUGUACCUUUAGCCUCACAGCACCUCCGAGACCCGAUUCCUGUGGGCACUCCCCAGAGCCCAGCUGCACAAAAACCACCUGUUCUGCGUCUUUUGUCUCCCUGGGUGCUGUUGCUGGAUCCUCCCUCAGGCCCAGGGCUCGGGCGAGGCAGGCAUUGCAAAAUAGGGGCUGUGCGUCACAGGCACGGGACGGGACGAAGGGGACACAGGUAUGGUGAAGGGAGC